GCGCCACAUAACGUAGAGCAUGCCGGCCUGAUAACUUGGGAACAGAUUCAUUCCUGAUUCGUGAAGAUACAGUUAUGUGACAACUCCUUGAACAGCUCAGUCUUCUGUCUUUAAAUGAAGCAAGGCCCCGGCAGGAGGAGGUCAGACUUUUCAUCCACCAUCAGUUCCGCUUCGGUUCAGCUCAAACUGCGAGUUCGCUUCAGGAAACAGCCCAGGGCUUGUGUCGGCUGUUGGUGAGCCGCAAAGGUCCACGUAACAAGUUUACCUAAACAUGGUUCAUCACAACACGUCUGAAUCUGAGCCUCGGAUCUACGGUUUUACCAGAACAGCUUCCGCAGUGCUGACCCACUUAAUCUGCAUUGUCUUCAGUGUAUUCAUUGCACUUCUGUCUCGGCCCGGUACAAGUUUGUUUUCCUGGCAUCCUUUCUUCAUGACACUGGCUUUCUCCUUUUUCAUGACCGAGGCCAUACUACUCUUCUCCCCCCAUGGCUCCCCCAUCAAAAGGUUUCCACACAAGACCAAAGGUCGUGUUCACUGGAUUCUGCAGUGUCUCUGUCUUUCCUGUGCAGUCCUGGGUCUGGCAGCCAUCGCUUACAACAAACACCUGAAUGGUAAACCCCACUUCACCUCAUGGCAUGGUCUGCUUGGCCUACUCACAGUGUGUGUGGUUGGGUUGCAGUCCUUGGCAGCCGUGCCUCUCAUUUACCAUUCUCUGGCCAAAGGCUGGUCGCUCGCCAAACUCAAACGCUACCACGCAGCGUCUGGACUCGUCACCUACCUGCUCGGCAGUAUCAGCCUGCUGCUCGGCCUCUGCUCUGCCUGGUUCACCGCUUCUGUCAGAGAACACACCUGGUACCUGUCAGCACUCUGCCCUGCUCUCAGUGCCCUCAUCAUCAUGAACCAAGUCACCAGUGCUUACAUGGCUAAGAAACGGUUGCAGUCUUGACAGAGGACACAGUAUGGACACUUAAACUAAACUGUCACUGACUACUUGUGCAAGAAAUUUCAUUUUUUCGGUCACGUGCAAUCACUUUGAUUUACAUAAAAGUAAAAAAGGAUGCCUCAUGCCAACAGUUUGUCCAAGAGGCACCAGCACCAAAUGUGGAUAAUGAAAUCCCUUUCCUUGAUUGCUGUUUUUUUUAUUUUCUUUUUUACAUAAUAUACACAGGACUCUGAUGUUUUUAGCCAUGGUAACUUUAGUCUAAGACCAAAUACCUGCAGAAGUAUUGACCAUCACAUCAGCCUCAGCUCCACUGCUAAUUAGCAAAUGUUACCAUGCUAACAAGCUAAACUAAAAUUUUGAACAUGGAAAACAUAUUACCUACUAAAAAUCAGCAUGUUGGCAUUUAGCAAAGCAUCGCUGUGUGUGCAGCCUUGGAGAGCUGCUGGCAUGGCUGUAGAUUCUAAAAUGUGACUGAUUUUAGGCAAAAAAAUUAUUCAGUUAAUUAAAAAAUAUAUAUGGAUAUAUAGAAAUUUACAGCAAAUAUGAACAAAAAUAGAUAGUAAAACUGACCUAGAGUUUUUCACGUGUAGUCCCAAAUCCACUAUUGGAUUUUCAAAUUCAUGACCUCUAUAUCUCUAAAAUCUUGCCUACAGCCCUGAAUAUACUGUUUGUUGAAGUUGUUGAAUUUUUGUACCUCAGGUUGCUUAUUAUCAUGCCUGUGAUUACUGAUUUAGCCACAUGAAUGAGAUGAUAAUGUCAUAGUAAAGGUUAUGUCCUAAA